GCUCGCCGGGCUGCACCCGCUGCGGUGCGCUGCGGUGCGGGCCCGCUAUCGGCAGCCCGCGCCGAGGCGAACGAGCGCGCGCGCCCGCGAUAAUCACCGCCGCAAGGCCGGAGUGGGGGAUGAUAGUGGCCAACAAUCUCUCUUCUCGUGCCCAGCUGGGCCUAGUUUUUCCCCGGGUUCGGAGGCGGGAGGUCGCAGGACCGAUCGCCGCCGCGGCCGGGCCGCUCCGCGACUCGCCGCGAAGGGAUGUCUUCCCCCCAGAGGAGACGUCGCCGCGUCGGAGGGCGACGACCGCGCGGCCGCAGUCAGUGACAGCUCCAGAGUGAUUGUGAAGUGAAUUCGUGGCAGUGCGUCACCUUCCAGGAUCAGUGAUGUGCGUAGCGAGGCGUGGAACUACGUGAGAGAAACACCGACGAACCGGACCCCGACAGGCUCUGUCGCUGAGCCGAGCACUCCCACCACGUCCGUCGAGAUGGGGGUGGACUUCCUGGUCUCUCCGCGGUGCUACCAGCUGUAUGCCUCCGCCCUGAGGUCGAGCCAGUCGACGGUGCCGGAGGACUGGAAGGAGCAGCUGGCGAGGGCUGUGGAGGACCUGCCGGAGGACAUCACGGUGCACGAGCUCAUCAAGACCGUCGCCGCCCUCUCGCCGGACCGAGCGCGCACCCUCAUACAGGUGCUGGAGGAGGAGGUGUCGGUGAUGGAGGACGUGGUGGACCACGAGGCACUGGAGCGGAUCAAGCGCAUACGGCGCGAGCAGCAGACGGAGAUGAAGGCGCUUGCGGAAACGGCGAAGCAGACGCGCAUCGCGGCUCUGGACGCGUACCGCCAGCUGAUGACCCACUACCCGACCUUCCAAUGGGACCCCUACUACAGCGACCCCAACUACCUGCAGAACCUCGUCUACGAGCGGGAUGCCGAGGAGAGAAGAGCAGAGCAGGAGAAAGUGGAGGAUACAAUUGAGCAGAACCUGGCAGAGAAGAAAUUCUUGAUGGCUGAAAUUAAAGAACUGCGAGAGCAGCGGGCAGUUCUGCAGAGCCGCAUGGAUGACGGCUGCGAGCUCGAUCUGGAGGAGGAACUCCGCAAGGCGCGGCGCGAGAACCAGCUGCUGCGCGACCACUACACCCACCUCUGCAGUCUUGUUGAGCAGCAGGAACCAAGAAGCCCAUGUUCACCUUCAAGGGAUUACUGAGUGAUCUCAGAACAGUCUUGAGUCAGUGAUGCAGUCUUCCUCUUGAUGUUCUGCUGAGAAUUGCUGUAAAAAUAUGUCUUCAUAUGCUUCGUCCUUGUCAAAUUAUAUGUUAAAAGUAGCAGUAAUAAAAAUACAGAAAUUUAUAAAACAUUUUCUAUUUUAAUUAAUUUAUAGUGUAUACUGGAAAUUCUGUUGCUAUUACAACUAUAUAUUUCCACACUAGUACUAUAAUGAGCGUCUACUGAUAGUACUCAUGAUCUUGAUAUAUACUAGGACCUAGUCCUUUUCAGUUCUAAAACUAGAAUCAUUACUGUGUUUCACAAUAUUAGAAAUGCACUCAUUUAUCAUUUGUAUGCAGUUGUUCUAUUCUGGAUCAUAUAAACUCAAUCCAAACAGGCCUUGGAAGAUCCAAUAGCACCGAUUGACUGUUGUGUUAUCCUUGGCCAAUAGGCAUCACAGGACACAAAUUUGGAGGGUCAUGUGGUCAGCACACUAUGCUCCCAGCUGUUGUCAGUUUUUAUGGCUGGAGCUGUUACUUCUCACUCAGGAAGCUGUAGCUGCUUAAUUGUCAUCACAAGGGCUCAGUGCACCCCUUUUGCCAAAAGUGCUUGGAAGACCCAGAUGGUCACUCACCAAGUGUUAACCAAGCCCAGCACUGUUGAAUCAUGCUAAUAAAAAAUAUCUAUGAAAUGAAUUUGAAUAAACUUCCUUUAGCAAUAUUUAUUCUGGAUUAAAUGUAACAAUGCAUUUGUAUGUCCAUUAGAAAAUAUGACCCAUAUGCAAGAAAAGGAAAGCUCAUUGCAACAAAAAUUAUGAGGAAAUAGUAUUGUCUGAGUAUCAUUCAUAAAACAAUCAUAGUCUCGAUUUUGUCUUUUAAUGUGUUUCAUAAAAUAACGUUGACUUUUUAAAAUGCCUUCUUGAAUGUUUUAAGUUGAAAUAUAUUUUUCGUAUCUGUAUAGUCCUAACAAGUAAUAUCGUUUGGAAAUGCGUCUGGAUUGCUUCCUAAUAUUUCAUGUUAAUUUUUUCCUACUAUAAAUUGCUAGUUUUUCAAAAAUUAUGACAGGAACAUGUAUGAGAAAUUUCAGAAUCCCACUGAUAGUUAAUAAUUUUUUUUACAAUAUUAUUAAAAAUAUUGUUAAGUAUUUUUGUUGGAUAAACAUUUCACCUUCCCCCCAUCCCAUGAACCAUGGACCUUGCCGAUGGUGGGGAGGCUUGCGUGCCUCAGCGAUACAGAUAGCCAUACUGUAGGUGCGCAACCACAAUGAAGGGGUAUCUGUUGAGAGGCCAGAUGAAUGUGUGGUUCCUGAAGAGGGGCAGCAGCCUUUACAGUAGUUGCAGGGGCAACAGUCUGGAUGAUUGACUGACCUGGCCUUGUAACACUAAUCAAAACGGCCUUGCUGUGCUGGUACUGCAAAUGGCUGAAAGCAAGGGGAAACUAUAGCCAUCAUUUCUCCUGAGGGCGUCCAGCUCUACUGUAUGGUUAGCAUGGAGAGCUGCAUCAAACCAGUCUCUGGACUGAAGACCACAACAACAACAAACAUUUCACAAGAGGAUUGUCUGGACCUAAGUCCAUGUAUUAACCUGAUUGCUCUCUUCUGUAAUACUAAUAUUCUAUUCAAGUGCAACUCUGUUGUACAGCCCCACAAUUCAAUACGAUAAUUAAGAAAUGGAUGAAUUGUUUCAUAGUAUGCAGUUUUAGGGUUUGGCUUGGAUCUAUUUUUGCCAGUUGGCUUUCAGAUACAAGCUACUGCUUACAAUUUAAGGGGCUCCGGAAAGGCUCAAAAUCAUGAAAAGUUCAAUUUUUACUUUUUUGCGUUUUCUGAAUCUGCAGACUAUUACCUUUUAAUAGAUAUAUAAUUUAUUCAAUUCCGAAGACUACAACUGUUUUUAAAUUUUUUUUGAAAUGUGUUCUACAUGGGCGUGACCCACUGUGGCACUGUUAAACUGCUGUCAAAUGGUGUUAUUAUUAAUGUCCGUGUUCAUCAGGUACAUUUUAGUGAUGUGAGAUAAAGUAUGUGUUGUGGCUAACCUAUUUUCAGAGACUUAGCAGCACCUGGACUGUUGAAAAAGUGUAUUCACGGAAAAACUCAAAACCCCAAUGAAAGAGUAAAUAGUGUUAUAUGGUCGAGAAUC